UUAUGGCGAACAAGUUGUGGAUUUUUGCCCUGAUGGUGCUUCCCUUCGUUAAAGGAGCACUGGACAGUAAAGGGAAACAGUUUAUUAUAACGUUUAUGGAUAACAAGAUUCUACAGCACACAGACAUCAAUCCCGAGAUCUUCAUUACCACUUCCAGCAAUAAACCUGUACACGUCAAUGUGACGUCACCACGAUCUCGCAAUCCACAUAUAAAUCAACAGUUUGUUGUAACUCGCGGAGUUGUGCACCGAGUUGCCGUCGAUCAGGACUUCCGAUUGAAUCACACCGAGCUAAGCACCAAAGGAAUUUUGAUCUCGGCUGAUGAAGAAAUCGUAGUAUAUGGAGUAAAUAGAGAGGUCUACUCGGACGAUGCCUACUUGGCACUGCCUACAGAUGUCCUGGGGAAAGAAUACUACACCAUUUCCUACUCCCCGUCCUAUUAUUAUUGUGUGUUUGCAGUGAUCGGUGUCCAUGACCACACUCGUGUUCAUAUCAAGCUAGCUAAUCAUCCAAACAUUAGCGUGAAUUUCCACGGUCAUGUCUACCACAGAAACCAGUGGAUAAACGUUACCCUUAACCGCUUCAGCACCCUUGAAAUCUCUUCCGUUGGGGACCUCACAGGAACUCACAUCAUAUCAAACAAAGCUGUGGGUGUCAUAAGUGGUAACAAGAAGGCUGUUGUGGCUAUUGCUGGCAGCACUGGUAAUUCACGUGACCAUCUGACAGAAAUGUUACUACCUGUCCAGGCCUGGGGUAAAAACUUUGCUACAGUGCCAAUUCCUGAAAGAGAUGUAGGUGACAUUUUCAGAUUCGUUGCCAGCCAAGGACACACCAGUGUUAAAGUAACUGGAGUCAUUGAUGGUAAAAAUUUUACGGACCAUUUUUUUCUCAGUCAUGCUGGACAACAUGUGCAAAGGAAUUACAGCUCUAAGUUGUACGCUCAUGUGACAUCUAAUCAUCCAAUUGCUGUGUAUCAGCUCUCGGCAACACAGGCAAAACAUUCCAAUCUGCCUUCAGAUGCAGCAGAUCCGUGCCUAAUUACAAUUCCUCCCAUUGAACAGUAUGCUGCAGAUUACACUUUUGCGACACCCCAAUACUCCAAAGGCGAGUAUCAAAACUUUUUUAUGUUUGUGGUUGAUUCCAGUCAAACCGCUGGUCUGAUUCUAGACGGAAAACCACUGCCACAAAAUCAAACGUAUGUCCACAUCCCAGGCACCAAUCUAGCAGCGGGAUACGUCAACAUAUCAGUUGGUACCCAUACCGUCACGCACAGCAAUCCGAACACAGUAAUUGGCGGUAUCGUGUUCGGUAAAGCUAACCUCGAGUCUUAUGGAUUCCCUAUUGGUCUGCUAACAAAACCUGUUAAUUCUGGUUGUCAUGCGAAGGCGAUGUCUCCGGGUGAUGAAGUCGAUAACGAUUGUGACGGUGAGGUAGAUGAGGAGGACUGCAAUGGAAAAGACGAUGAUGCAGAUGGAAGGAUAGACGAGGACUGCAGUGGAGAGCCCUUGAGGUUGUCAUGCGAAGAUGAUGUCUCCGGGUGA